CUGGAGCGCAGGUGUGAUAGUAUCCAUUCCCAACAGACUGUCUCCCCAAGUGGCUCGUGGUGGAAAUUAAAGACGGGAAUAAGUUCAGGAAGUUCAGUAAGAAGGGACUUUACCUGCGCUCAGGUGGUUUUUGAAAAUCUUACCGUCCAGGAGCGGAAAGAGAGGCACAGAGAGAGCAAAACAAGGGAGGAAAAAAAUAACCUGGAAAAGUCACGGAUGCAAAGGUCCCCUUGACGUUCACAGUGAGAAACGGGAGCGCCUCCACAACUCAUACCAACUGAAACCACUCAACAAAUCAGAGAGGAAACGUCUACAAUCAUGAGGAAAUCUUCAUACCCAGUGAGAUCAGCCAGCGCUCGGACCAGGAGAACAGAACGAGAGGGAUCUGGCAUCACCAGUCCCACACUGAAACGGUCAUUUGAAGUGGAGGAGACAGAUUCAUCCACACACCCUUCGCCCCUGUCUCGUCGGACCACCAACCCCCUCCGUUCAUCCACCUCCUCCACAUCCAGCCAGCGGAGUUACGACCUGAGCUCCCGCAACUCUGACUACUCCUCCUCCAGAUCUUCCCCCUCUGAUUCUUCCAGUCUUCGUUCCCCAAAGACCGGCAUGAGGCGCAUUGAGUUAUCAGGGGGUCGAAACCCUGAUGCAGCUUCUUCUCGCCGCACAGAAAUCUCCAUUGAGGUCUCUUCUAAGCAGAUUGACAACUCACCCAGUGCUGGCAUUGCCCGGUUUGGCCUCAAGCGGCCAGAGGUCAGCCUAAGCAGUCGGAGUGCUUCACUGGAAGGCUCCUCCAACUCCGUCUCCACAAACAGGAGGGCAGAGCUCAGCAUGACGCGACCUGGCGAGCCCCCUGCGCCUCCUAGAAGGAUGGAUGCCCAGCUGUCCUCAGCCCCAGUCUCAAAGAUCCCUGAACCCCCUCAGAGAAGAGCAGAGCCCCCAUCUCCUAUCCUCAGUCAAGUUGAGGGGACCUCCAGAAGGCCAGAGAUGCCUGUCUUCAGGCAGCCGGACGGCUUGGUGCUAGGCAGUGCAGUGGAAAACAACAACCACCCGCCUCCUGCGCCCAGUGCUCCCCUGCCUUCCCUGGCAGAGCCACGGAUGGACAGGGUGCAGUCACCUGUCGCAGAGCCACCCGCAGCACGACCAACAGACAGGCCGGAGGUGAUUCCCAGCUACAGCAGCAGUGCCAUGUCUGAGGCGGUGGUGGAUACAAUGUUGCCCCCAGCAGUGGGUGGCCUGUACGGGGAGAAGGCCGGUGGCCCUGUGGUGGACUUCAGUUAUGUGGGCAUUGAUGCCAUUCUGGAGCAGAUGAGGAGGAAGGCCAUGAAGCAGGGUUUUGAGCUCAACAUUAUGGUUGUGGGACAGAGUGGCCUGGGAAAGUCAACUCUGAUGAACACGCUGUUUAAGUCUAAAGUGAGCCGUAAGUCGGUGCUGGCCACGGCCCAGGAGAAGAUCCCCAAAACAAUCGAAAUAAAGUCCAUCAGUCAUGACAUCGAGGAGAAGGGGGUGAGAAUGAAGCUGACAGUCAUCGACACACCAGGCUUCGGAGACCAGAUCAACAAUGAGAACUGCUGGCAGCCCAUCAUGAAGUUCAUUAAUGACCAGUAUGAGGCAUACCUGCAGGAGGAGAUCAACAUCAACAGGAAGAAAAGGAUUCCAGACUCCAGAGUCCACUGCUGCAUAUACUUCAUCCCCCCGACCGGACACUGUCUGCGGCCUCUUGAUGUAGAAUUUAUGAGGCGUCUCAGUAAGGUGGUCAACAUUGUCCCAGUCAUUGCCAAGGCUGAUACACUCACCCUGGAGGAGAGGGACUUCUUCAAGAAGAAGAUCAGGGAAGAGCUGCGAGCCAAUGGAAUUGACGUGUACCCUCAGAAAGAAUUUGACGAGGAUGCCGAGGACAGAAUGAUCAACGAGAAGAUCAGGGAGAUGAUCCCAUUUGCUGUGGUGGGCAGUGACCAGGAGUACCAAGUUAAUGGAAGGAGGCUGCUGGGGAGGAAAACCAAGUGGGGAACUAUUGAAGUUGAGAACAUAGCCCACUGUGAGUUUGCCUAUUUAAGGGAUCUCCUCAUCAGGACCCACAUGCAGAACAUUAAGGACAUCACCAGCAGCAUCCACUAUGAAAUGUACCGCGUGAGGCGCCUCAAUGAGAACAACACAGUAGUGGCUCAUGCUAACGGCAUCCCAGAACAUCAUCUUGCUGCCCACGAGAUGUAGAUGCCACCUCCUCCACUGCAGUUGACUUCAACUGGGUAUAAUUCAUUUGAUAUGAGACUUUGACACUCACACUCCUUGAGUUUGACCACCACUCCAGCCCUCCACUCCAUCCAUCUCCUUCUCACAGAUGGGAUAACAUAAAAGCCUGCCAGAGGGACUUUACUUUCGGUGACUUUCGGCGGCCGAAUGGACUGUUCAUGUUCAUGUUAUUGACUCAUUAACAAACGCUAUACUCUCACUAUUGCUGACAAAGAGAGUGAAGAGAAGUUUGAUUCUUCGUAAUGUGCUGCAGUUUGAUUUUUAUCUGCUUACAGAUCUUGCAGUUAACCUUUGCAGUUUUUUUUCUUGUGGUGCCAAACAAAGGGCAUCUUCCAGACAGAACGGACUGACGCUUAAUCUGUCAGCGUCAGAAAUGCCUUUAAUCAGUAACAUGUUAAUCUCGUCCACUUUUACUUUUUUUUUGAGCUUAAUGUUUUGUUUUUAGCAGUGCUUAUAAGAAUUCAUGAAGCAAGGUUGUCUGUCUUUGUGCACACGGCUGCAUCGACAUAUGUGGGAAGUGAUGGCAUAGACAAGUCAUUGACAAGCAUGUUGAAAGAGUGCUGGGCAGCACUUUGCGAACAUGUGGCGCACAAACGGUUGUACCAGUCUAUCUGUGUGAUGCAGCGUCAUUCAGCUCUCUCCCCAUAGUUACACACAUACACACACACACACAAAACGGCCAUCAACUAACACAUCAUAUGUUUGAGUUUAUCUUGUUUUGUCACAAGCUGUGUUUUGCUUUAACUGUUAAAUAUUCGUGUCAUGUUUAAUAUGGGCGUCAGGUCCUUGACGUCUUUUUAAAUUCCCAAAAAAAUGUCAUUGUCUAUUAAUAGAAAUAUCUUAAGAGUGAUUUAAGAAGAAUACGUAUUUAUGCACGAUAUAAAAUGUGAAAGUUUGUCAUCAGUUCCAUAUAUUAUUUGGAAUUAUUCACACAGACACACACCCGCACACACACACACACACACACACACUCUCCCUGCUUUUGGACCAGACAUAGUGCCUUAUUUAUUGGAGAAUGUUUGCUAGCAUGUUGGCAGAAACUGGAAAGAGAGCUGGUUUGUCGGUGCCGAGUUGAGCUACGUUUUUCAAACCUUUUCCCUUGUUUAUCCGAAAAAGAAAUCUAUUCUUCCAUCGACCAGUCCACUUUUACUUCUAUUUUCCAUAAUAUACCAAGGAUAUUUAUCUGUUUGAACCAUAUAGUAUAAUUCCCUAAGCUGUCACUGUCAUGCUCUGUCCUGUAUAUUCUUCUGUGUUCUGAUGCAUUUUUGUACUUGUAUUAUUAACAAAUUUUCCUUAAUCUUAUUUUAAAGAAAUAAAGAUUAAAGUUGUAAAUAUA